AUGUUGGCGCUGGCCUCUCCUGGCUCGCCCAGGGCGGCCGGCACGGCCGCGACCGCAGGGACCAGCACUUUGCCGACCGUGACGAGCCCUGAAGGCGCCUGGUUCACCCUCUGCGAAUGUUCUCCACGAAGUUCCUUCUGCACCCCGUGGAAGCAGCAGGAAACCACAGACUGGAACAGCCAGACAGGAUCCACCCAGGCCUCCGCCUCGCCCAUCGACACGGUCUGGCGGGAGCCGCCGGAGCCGCCGCAGCCCAAGCCGCCGCCGGCGAGGGCCUGGAGGCUCCCCACCUCCGAACCGCUACCCUUGGGUGCCGUUGGAACGACGCUCCUGCGCCCGGCGCCCGAGCCGCUGGCCGCGGUGGCCGCGCUGCCGGAGCCGGUGGCCGCGCCAGCGAUAGAGCCAGCCGUGGCCGGGUUGCUGCCUCCAGGCCUUCAGGGUGGCUGGUUCAUGUUUGUUUCCCAGGUUGAGAGCAGGUUGCAGCGUUUCACCCUUUGGCACCUUCUAGUCGCCUCGCCGAUCGAAGACAUCAUGAAGACAUCGCUCCAAAGCUGGCGCUCGAAAAAACGUCCGACCACGCGCGAUGUGAGCCAGGCCCCGGCCCCAGAAGCGCGAGAAGCGCAGGCCACAUGCCAUCCAUCUGCGCUCCCUGAAGAUUCAGUUCCAGAGAGUCGUCGAGAGGCAACUGGACCAUCUGUCCCUGAGGCUGAUGCUGUCGAUGGUCCCGAGGCGCAACGCGAGGAUUCAGUGGACUCUCCUGUUGGUGUUCUUCCAGCAGACGUUCUAUCUGGCUCCCCAGUUUCGGAAGUAGACCACCGUCCAGAAGAGAAUGCCUUUGAUGGCUCGGGCCCUGAUGUUCCUGGAGUUCAGUCUGCCUCCGUCAUGUCUGAAGUGCAGGCGCAGGUGGGUGAUGCCGCAGAUGCUCCUGCUGAAUCAGACGUGGGUCAUCUAGAGGCGGCUGCGCCGGCUGCGGAGCCGCUGGGGCCGGCAGAGCUUGACCCAUCAGAGGCUGGCUCGAACUCUGCCUGGGUCUCCACUGCUGCACCCAAUCCGUUGGCAUCCUCUGAGGGAGAUCCGGAGGAGGACGCAGCUGCUGCAGCGACCUCUGGAGAUGAAGAUCCAGAGGCCGGCGCCUCCACUGCGAGGGUCUCCACGGCGGCGCCCUUCCCCAGUCGCAUGAUGACGGACAUCGCCUCCUCGGAGAGUGAGUUGCAGGAGGUUGCCAGUUCCGUUGCCAGCGAAGCGGAGCAACUGGAGGUAAGGCCCAGCCAAAUGACGUCCGAAGAUGUGAGCAAUCAGCAGGCUACUUCCAGUACCUGGCAGGCUGAUCACCAAUGGCCUGCCACUGUGGAGCUGGCUCCCAGCCCGGUCGCAGCCUCUGCUGCCUGGCCUGCCUUUGAAUCUCAGGAUGCUCAGCGUGACACACGUGGCGCUGCCUCCAAGCCUCAGGUCACCUGGCAGUCUCCUGGCACUGACAUGGAACGACUGGCCGCCAGCGUCGAGAAACUCACCGAGGAGAUGCGGGCCAAGUGGAGUCUUUUGGACGAUUUGACCCAUCGGCUUUCACAGGUGGAGCAGUCCUUGCGCGUUUCGAGCAAUGCCAAGGUGGAAGAGCUGGAAGAACGGGUGGAUCAGCUGGAGCGACAACUGAAGGCGAUGGAGUCGCAGAAUGGUUUGAAUGGCGAGCUGGCGGAGGUGGACCAUAACGAAGCACCUUCCCACCGUGGACAGCAUCAGGUGUGGCUGUGAUGGCCCGCACAUACGAGGGUCACUUGGGCUUGGGUCGACUGGCAACAAUCCAUCUCCAACUCUUCCGGUUUCAUUUUGCAUUGUCCUAAGUAGGAGAGAGCAAAAGAGAAAAAGCAGAAGGAGCUUCGUUUACAUUCGUUUACCCUCUGGUAAACAUACAAAAAGCUAUUGAAAAAGGCCAUGGAAAUAGUUGAUUUAC